AUGCAUAUAAAACCAACCUACUGACAUAAUUCUCUUCCUGAUUUGAAGCAGCUAUAAUCUUUCUUGACAUCAAUUUAAGUAAUAGGUGCUGCGUCUCUACUCUUCGUUGCGCUGCUUUUAUGAUUACGGUUACCAGAGUCCGAGCGCCUACGCAACCAACACACUGAAGGUCCUUUAAGCAACAGCCUGUAAGCGAAGAGUAUCUUGACAGCGACAAAUAUGCUGUACAUGAUAGGUCUCGCGGAACAGGGCAGAUCAGGCAGCAGUCUGAGUACCCUUGACCUUCGAGCGGCACCAUUAAAAGUGGAUGUACUGCCCCUGGGGAAUCCCCAGUGCUGCCCCCAUAUUCUGUUCGCAAAUUCUUACCAUCGCAAGAACCUCAUGAGACCCAACCAAUCUACCUUCGAUGUCGUGAAUCACGUCUGUCAACUCGUCAGACAUGAGUCUGUUUAAAAGGCGCUCUCUUCGUCCUGUCCUCCUUGCAUGUGCUGCAGUCGCAUCUUCUAUUCUCUUUUACGCAGCUUUCAUUCUGAGGCCAUGGCACCUUCGUCUCCUGCCUUUCACAUUGCGACCCACCAAUAGCUUACCAAUGACGACGUAUCCAGCUACAUGCGUUACAAUGGCCGACGCAGCAAAGAACAGACAAGUAAACGAUACAAUUUGUGUUGCGCCCACGUCGGGAAUUCUAGCGACGCCUACACACAUUGCCACCCUUUCUGAGUGGAGUUUCGACAAGAGUCGCGAUACAAGAGACUAUUCGCUUACCGCAGAUCAAUGUAAUAUCGCCUUCCCUGGACUGUAUGCCGAGAUCGAGCGAGCAGUGGCAUACCGAAAGAAGAUUGGCAGACUUUCUCCAGAGGAUGUGGAUAUAUCGUGGAGUAAAGAAGGACUUGUCAGAGCUCUCAUUUCAGAUCAACAGCUCUACGUAAUUGAGGAAAAGGUCUCUGGGAGUGAUUACGAUUCUCCACGAGCACUUGCAAUCCUUCACGCUAUCCACCGAGCCAUGAUUACAUCGCCUGCGCCGCUACCAGAAAUCGAAUUUUCUUUCUCGGUAUCGGAUAUUGCAGAUGAACACCACCUUGGAAGAUCAAUCUGGGCAUUAGCCAGGACGGCCUCAGAGCAAGAGAAGUGGCUUAUGUCAGAUUUUGGUUACUGGAGCUGGCCGUUGGAUCUGGUCGGUGGAUAUGAUCAAAUACGGCGAGAAAUUGCCGAUAUAGAAGUGGCUUUUUCUGAGAAGAAGCCACAAGUGGUGUGGAGAGGCGCUGUAAAGACAAACAAAUUUCGCCAAGAUCUGAUCAGGGUCACGAAUGAAAAGAUUUGGGCUGAUGUGAAAGGCAUUUUGUGGAAAGAUGCGACAGAUUUGAGAGCCCAGGAUUAUGGCAAGGCUAAUUCAAUUCCAGAACACUGUCUGUAUCAGUUUCUGAUACAAACUGAAGGUUCGAAACAACUGUUCUGCUCACUUCAUUACCCAAACCCCUGAAUGUCACAAUCACUCACUUUAGUGACAGGACACAGCUAUUCUGGUCGCGGCAAAUAUCUCCAAAAUUGCAACUCCGUUGUCAUUAUUCCAAAAAGAACCUGGAUCGAACCACACCACUCCCUUCUAAGAUCUGGCCAUAAUUUUGUGGAAGUGGAGGAAGACUUCUCCAAUCUGGAAGAAACAAUGGUUAGCUUAUUGGCAGAUCCUGCAAAGGCACAACAGAUCGCGAUCAAUAGCACGGAGACCUUUCGCGACAGGUACUUAACGCCAGCAGCGCAGGCUUGUUACUGGAGGCGCUUGAUAACCAGUUGGGCUGAGGUUAGUUUUGUACCAACUUUGUGGGAGGUGGGGGUAGACGGAGGCCAUAGAAGAGUACGAGGCAUACCAUUCGAAACAUUUGUCAUACAAUCGUUAACGCAGAAGAAAAAUGGUUGUUCUUGGUUCCGCAAACUGUUACUGCAAUGCUAGAAGUAUAAAUAAUUAUGAGUGAAAUUGUCCAUUCUCUAUUAAUGUUCAAAAUUUUGUUUCGUUCGUCACUUUACUACCCAGCUCGUAUCAUGUUCAUCAAAAUGAGAG